GGCCCCUCCUUCGAGGUCUCGGACUCUUGCCCUUGCAUUUCUGCCCAGGCUCUCCCCCAACGACCAACCCUAUCACCUUUGUCUGUGCGGGCCACAAUACUGGUGCGCUUAGGCUUGCUUUUAGCGAUCGACCUCCUUCCAUUAGGGAUACACCUGCACUUAGGGGUAUAGCAAACAAUUCAGUUUCUGUUUGAAAUCUCUGCACAUGACUUGCUGGUCCACAGAGGCAACGCAGUACAUAAUCUGACCCUCCGGCAACGUCCUAGUUCAUGAAAACUUAUUAUUUCAUUGCUGAGAUAACAUAAAUUCAAAGAAGCCCAGGUCUGCGCUCUUUGUGUGAAUAUCCGCUUGUGGCCAAUAGAACGUCAUUUAUUUGUGUAUCAAAGUCGCAUCCAUAGGACAACCUUCUUACAUCUGUAUCCCAAAAUGGCACCAUCAGCAGUUAACGGCGAUGGCGUCAACGGUGUUACGCAGGUCAAUGGGCACAGUACCGGCACUCAAUUGAAAGCAACAGCACCGGCAUUUCACCCUGCUGGCACUCCGGAUCCCUCAAAGUACCACGCUUCCUCGUCAGAAGAGGCCAUCCACGCCGAACAUGAAUAUGCUGCUCACAACUACCACCCUCUACCCAUUGUCUUCGCCAGAGCACUGGGAACGACAGUAUGGGACCCCGAGGGCAAACAAUAUCUCGAUUUUCUUUCCGCAUAUUCUGCCGUCAAUCAAGGUCAUUGCCACCCAGAACUGGUCAAAGCACUAGUAGAACAGGCGUCGACCCUCACGCUGAGUUCAAGAGCCUUCUACAACGAUGUCUUCCCCCGGUUUGCUGAGUUCAUUACAAAGUAUUUCCACUUCGAUAUGGUGAUGCCCAUGAAUACUGGUGCUGAAGCAGUCGAGACGGCCAUCAAGAUUGCCAGAAAAUGGGGCUACAAGUCGAAAGGCAUUCCCCAGGGAGAAGCACUUGUCCUUAGUGUGGCCGAGAAUUUUCACGGACGGACAUUUUCCGCCAUUUCCAUGUCGACCGAUCCCGAAUCAAGAGACAACUACGGCCCGUACCUUCCUGGUGUCGGCAGCGUCAACCCCGCUACAGGCAAGGUCAUUCCCUAUAACGACGUCUCGGCUGUUCGCGAGGUCUUCGAGUCUCAUGGUGACAAGAUCGCCGGUUUCCUUGUGGAGCCUAUCCAAGGCGAGGCCGGCAUUGUCGUUCCCAGCGACAACUAUCUCAGCGAGAUCCGCGCACUGUGCGACAAAUACAACGUCCUUCUGAUCUGCGACGAAAUCCAGACCGGUAUUGCACGAACUGGCAAACUCCUCUGCCACGAAUGGGCGGGCAUCAAGCCUGACAUGGUCCUCCUCGGCAAGGCUAUUUCAGGCGGCAUGUAUCCUGUUUCGUGUGUCUUGGGUCGCAAAGAUGUCAUGCUCACCGUCGAGCCUGGCACACAUGGUUCGACGUACGGCGGCAAUCCUUUGGGGUGUGCUGUCGCCAUCCGUGCACUCGAAGUAGUGCGUGAGGAGAAGAUGGUCGAACGUGCUGAGAAGCUCGGACAGAUCUUUCGCGACGGUCUGCGUGAUCUGAACUCUCCUUUGAUUACCACGAUCCGUGGCAAGGGCCUGCUCAACGCCAUUGUCAUCGAUGAGUCGAAAACAAAUGGCCACAGCGCCUGGGAUUUGUGUAUGUUGAUGAAAGAAAAGGGACUCUUGGCCAAGCCUACACAUGAGAAUAUCAUCCGACUUGCACCGCCCCUGGUGAUAACCGAGGAGGAGAUCCAGCGCGCCUUGGCCAUCAUUGGCGAAGCUGCCGCUGAAUUGCCGACCCUCAAGGGCCAGAAGGAGGAUGAGAUCAUCCCACCGGCUGAGAAGAAUGUCACUAUCAAGGUGGAUAACUGAAGUCGAUCACCAGUUGAACAAUCUCGAUCAUUGAAAUAGCCUUGGUACGAAAGCAACGUCCUAUGCACGUUUGGUAUGGGGUGGUGUGCUUCCUCGAGCAUAACAGCUUCAAAUAGGGGUCGGCGACUAUUGGAGGGCGCUGUAGGGUUAUGACUAGGAAAAACAGGCCAGCAAGGUU